AAUGGCUCAACGACCAGAUACAAAGGUUUUACUUGAGCCAUACAUGCCCUGCUUCUACUAUUCUUCUGAGAAAAAACAUGACAGACAUGAAGUAAAUUUAGACAUAGGCUACUCUUUCCAAAAGUGUAAGGAAAUGUGUGAAAAGGAACCAUCUGAGAAAUACAUUUUCAUCAAAGAAUUGGCCUAUCAGCUAGGAGGAAGAUUUGAUGCACUUCCAGACAAAUUUCAACACACAUUUCUUAUUAGGAAUCCAAAUAAAACUGUCAGAUCACUGUAUUCUGUAAUAAGGAAAGGAGAGGACCCAACUUAUACUAGUUUUGACAAGACUGAAGCUGGAUUUAAGCAACUGAUGGAACUUUUUGAACAUGUUACUAAAGUUCUUGGGCAAGAGCCAAUAGUAAUUGAAGCUGAUGAUUUAGUUAAUAAUUCUGUGGGUGUAGUAAAAAAAUACUGUCAGAUGGUUGGAAUGGACUAUAAACAUUGUAUGGUGGAAUGGGAUGGUUCAACAACAAAUUUUAAAAAGCUUCGACAUCCAUGGAAUCCAUAUCAUAAACAUCUGUUGUCAACAAACAAAUUUGAAAAUACUCAAGAAGGAAAAGAGCAAGAAUGGGAUAUUCCAGCAGAGUGCCAGGAAGCUAUUGAUGAAAGUAUGGAUAUCUAUCAGGAAUUGUGCAAGUACAAACUAAAGACGACGGAACAGUAAUUUUAAAAAAAAACAAGAAAUUAUGGCCUAAAGGCUUAGAAUAUAACUAUUUUUUGUAUUGAAUAUGCUUUCAUAGUUAGAAUAUUUCAAUUGUGAAUUGUUGAACUCAAGACAUGAACUAAUUUUUUUCACAUACUUUUUGUCUAACCUUGUCUGGAAAAUGUAGGUCAGAAAUUAUCAAUACA